UUUAACCUAUUUGGUAAGUUUCAUCGUGAUUCGUGAUGUGAAGGCACUUCUUAUACAGAAACCGGGAUUCUACGCACAAUAUGGUUGAAUUUCAACGCCGAAAAACUUGCAUUGUGUAAAACAGUUUUUCUGUCUUCACGGUAAAUGAUCACACCGCGCGGACGCAGUUUUCUGCAUGAUAUUGAUAAGAUUGAAAUUUAAUUUCUCGGAAAUUAUCCCGCGUUUUGUUCUCAUUAUCUGCAUAAUUUGUUAAAUUAGUGAUCAAGUGGAUUUCUUUUUGCUAUAUUUUCAUGCUUUGUUAUUCUAGUCAGAAUGGAUCUUCAUCUUUUAGCAGCGAUUAACGAAUUGCUGUCGAGUGAAAAAAUCCCACUUCCUAGUACAGCCUGGAGAUGUUUCUGCAUUCCGAAGACGUUCACUUGCGAAUCAAGACCGCACAACGAGAGUAUUUCAAGAUGUAUGGUAUCGUCAUUCAAAUCGACAAAUAUUGUAAUGAUACUAUCCGUCAACUCUGGAUCCUUCUCAGGAGAUGUCGCUUUCGAUAGCGAAGUUCUGAAAUCGUUGAUAAAAAUACUACUCGAUGAUCACGUAUCCCUUGAAGAUAAAGAACACACGAUCCAUUUAUUGGCUAAGCACACCGUACUUCAUCCCGGCUGCAGCGUUUCUCUCGCCGAUACGUAUCGUAAUUUGAUCUUAGAACCGUUGGAGGAGUUCACAGAUGAAACAAUAUUGCAGAAAAUUCUCAUCAACGUUGAAAACACUCUGUUUCAAAAUAAACCCGCUGUUCUGAACGCAAGAUUGUCCAGAAACUCGAGGAAGAAAAAGGUAUCCGAUGAUUUUUAUACCGAAGAAGAUUUUCAACCUAAACGACGCAAACAAACGCAAGUACUUGAGGAGGAACCCGCUGACGUUCUUGAAGUUACCGAAAAUGAUCCGAAGUUCAGGUUGGCCGCUUUGCAGUUCAUCGCUGAAACUAUUUCUCACGAAUUUUAUUCGAAAUGCUACGCUAAGUGUGAGAAUAGAGACCUCGUCAAAGACACUAUAGCCGGUACCAUGUUCCUAAAACGAGAGCUUUUGGAUAUCCUCUUGAACGAAGAAAUCACUGAUAGGAUCAUAGAGAUUUACAAAUUCUGCGACGAGUCGAAUCGUAAACCAUUUAGUGAGAUUAUCGAAUUAAUUGCCAACUUGUGUUUGUUCGCUGAUUCUGGCGAAUUGUACGUUCGCGGUGAUAUCGCUUGUCCGAAGCAGUACCCAUUAGCUCAACGAUUUUGCCAAUCCUUCAUUCAGUCUGUGUUCAAAAGAACGUCAUCUGCCGAAGCUAACGAGGUGCUGAAAAACAUUAAACCAGAGUGGCUACGUUUGAAUUGUGCCCGACACGUGUUAAAAUGCUCCGGCAAAACUGCCAAAGGUUUUUCGGCGAUGUUGGAAAAGUUAUCAGCUCUAGUUGAGAAAUGCGGUCUGAACGAUAACGAUGCAGCAUCUUCAGAAAUAUCUGAUUCUGAUUCGUCAAAAUAUGAAAUAGUCUCAAGCAUAUACGAUUCUAUAUUUGAAAAAAGACUGACCGAAGACGUAUGCAUGAUUCUUCUGAACCUAGUUCAUUCGUUGGUGGAGACGUACGAUUUAAGACGAUUGCAGAGCCUUUAUGAAAUUAACGUUAAGAAGAAUAUCACAGCUGAUUCAGGCGUUGGUAAUUACGAAGUUUACAUGCGUGAAUUUGCUGAAUAUGUAAAGUUCAAGAAUUUGAUGAAUAUUAUUUCGAAAAUUCAAAACAGCCCCAGUUACGUAAAUAUUCUCAAGUUCAUUUGAGUCAUUUUAAGUUGUAGUUGUGUUAUUAAUAGUGGCAUUCGAGGAAUGAUAUUUUUUUUAGUGUGCUGCUCAUUUCUUACUUCGUUAUUAGAUAUAGUUUUUGUAUUUGUAUAAACAUGUUGUUUGCUGAAAAUUAUUGUGAGUCUAAUGUUGUGAAUUAAAAUUGAAGAAUUUUGUUUUUA